GACUUGUUUCCCUUUCCUUCCUAUAUUCAAAAAGAAAAAGAAAGAGUACCAAAAAGAAAAAAGAAAAAAAAAAAAGAAAUAAGCUCCCAUCUUUUUUGAUCAGACAGAGAACUGAAGGAAACAAUGUUAGUUUUAAUUAUGGCCCUGAUUAGAUGACUUAUGUCGCCGGUCUUGAUUGAUUCUCUCGGAGCUCCGUCGUACUCCGCCACCAUCCAUUCAAACCCUAACGGUCAGAUUAUUUUCUCUUCAUUUGAGUUUUCUGAUAAUUGUGUUAGUCCUUCGAUUUCGGUUGCCUCCGAUACUGUUUACAUGGACCCGAGUUUCGGGUUCAAAUCUCCGGCAUUGGGUCAGACCAAUCCGGGGGAAACGUCAUCGACGAUAGCAGCUGCUCGGGUUGCUCGCCGGAAGAAAAAACCAACCCCAAUUUAUCACACCCGUUCCACGCAGAACCAUGAACCGGGUUUCAAUCCAUUUCGACCGGUGCCUGAGAUGUAUUUGGGUUCAGGUGUUAGGAAUGUGGGCGGCCUUGGUCCGAAUGGUGAUGCAUUUGUAUUUGGGUCCAAUAAGAGUGCAAAUAAUGGUGAUGAUAGUGGCUUGUCGAGUAUGAAUUUGGAUAAUUACAUGGAGAAACUUGAAGCUGCUGAUCAGUUGAGCAAUUUGGGAAUUAGUAUGGGUGGGGUUACGAAGAAGAAGAUGAACGAAUUCGAAAAGAUGGCAGCUUACGAUUUGCCCUCAGAGUUGAGGCAGUUGAGUGUGGAUCAUGAUGGCAAUGUUGGAAGUUUGGGGGGUGAACUUCCCAUCGAAUUGAAGAAAUUGAAUAUUAAAGAUAAUGUUAGUUAUUCAGAAAAAUCUUUUCCUGAUCAGCAGAGUAAUUUGGACUGCGAAGAAGGGUCGACAAGUUCAUAUUGUUUUGCUAAUGGUCGUGUUGAAGGAGAAUUAAAGGGCUUGAAAUUGGAUGGUGGAUAUGGAAAUGUGUUUGAUUCUACUACUGCUGAAGCUAAUGAGGUGCAGGCUCAAAAUUGGUGUGUAGGGGAACCUGGUUGCUCUUCUGAAUCAGUUCCUUCCCAUGAGAAUUUAGGAGGUACCCAUGUGCAUUCCGUGGAUGCCUCAUUGCCAUCAUCAUCAUUCUCGCAGGAUGGUGGCAAGUUGUUCAAGGUACAACAGUCAGGAAAUAACGACAAGAAAGUUCCUUUUGGUUUUACUAGCCAGUGGGAUCAUAUAGGAACUCAAGCUAUGGAAUUUAAAACACCAAACUCGAAAGACGUUUUGAUCAGGAAGCUGGACAUUAACCGGGAGUCAACCAAAACCACUAGAGCGAAGAAAAAGAAAGGAAAAUUAAGAAGUCUCAAUCCAGGCCAUUCCUCACAAGAGUUUGUAUUGCGGGAAAGUUCAGAGGAGAAUGAUGAGUCUUGUGAACCAUAUUCUCCUAUGGAUAUUUCUCCAUAUCAGGAAACACUGGCUGACAAUGAUACUUCAAAAGGAACCGAGGUGGCAUCAGAUGAAGUUUUUCAUGUUGGUUCUACCUUUACUGAGUCACCCGGGGUCUCCGAUGAUAUGACAGUUGAAACCCAAGUUGAUGCGGCAGGAAACUUAAUUAUUAACGAAGAUGAAAAAUGUAAAGCAGAGCAAGCAGAAGAAUCUACUGAUCUUUCUGAUAAUGCUGCUGAGGAUCCUUUGGAAGAGUCUAUUCCGGGAACUGAGACAGAAAGCUUUAAGUCUGCAACUGAUCAUUUGGAAUAUAGCACUGAUAGUUUUGUCACUGCAAUUGAUACACUUGCUGAGAGUAUAGACACAGAAGCGACUUCUGGAUCAGUGAUGAAGCAGCAAGAAAAUAAUGAGGGCAAGCAAUUCGGCUUGGCUUCAAGGGAAGAUCAUAGUCAGAGUGCUUUUGUCUUUGCUGCUUCAUCUGCUGAUCAAGGUCCCUCAUCAACAUCGUUACGUAACUACAAGAAAAAAGGUCAUCCUAAACUCGGUCAUGACUUGCGAUGCUCAUCACCAAGUUACAAAGAUUCAUUGGCAUCCUUGCGGGGAGACUAUUCUUCUGCUUCUGGAACUUUUGCACUUUUGUCCCCGCAGAGAAGUAAAACCAGUGAUGCGUUGCCAUCACUUAAGCAAAUUAUAAGUACUUCUGAACCAGUUAAAAAAGAGGAAGUGAAAAUGGAAACUUCGACUGGCAAUGCUGCCAGUAAAGCUGCUCAGGAAGCUUGUGAGAAAUGGCGACUUAGGGGCAAUCAAGCUUAUGCAACUGGGGAAUUAUCUAAAGCUGAGGAUUUCUACUCUCAAGGGGUGAAUUCCAUCUCUGAAAUGGAAACAUCAAGAAGCUGCCUUAGGGCUUUGAUGUUAUGCUAUAGUAACCGUGCAGCGACACGGAUGUCUCUUGGAAGAUUAAAAGAAGCUCUAGACGAUUGCAAGAAGGCUGCCGCAUUGGAUCCUAGUUUCAUUAGAGUACAAGUGCGCGCUGCAAACUGCUACCUUGCUCUAGGGGAUUCCGAAAAUGCAUCAUUGCAUUAUAUGAAAUGCUUGCAAGCUGGGAGUGAUAUCUGUGUUGACAGAAAGCUUUUGGUUGAAGCAUCUGAAGGCCUGGAAAGGGCACAGAAAUUAUCUGAGUUAGUCGCUCAAUGCACUAAUAUUUUGGGAGAAGGAGCAUCUGCUGAUAUACUGACGGCAUUGUCUUUACUCGAUGAGGCGCUGAUCAUAAGUCCUCACUCAGAGAAGUUGCUUGAAAUGAAAGCAACUGCUCUUUUUACGCUACAAAGAUAUGAAGAUGUAAUUCAGUUUUGUGGGCAGAAGCUCAGUACCUCUACAUCAGUAAUUAAUAGCUUGGAUGCAGAGAGAGACUAUUUGUCUCAGACUUGGUGCUGGUCCCUUAUCGUGAAGGCUCACUUUUAUGCUGGAAGGCUUGAGGAGGCUCUUGAAUUUCUGAAGAAGCAAGAGGAUUCUCUUCUUGUUAUAGAGAAGACUGGAAGUACGAUCACUAUAGAGUCUCUAAACCCUUUAGCUGAGAUCAUCAGUGAACUUGUACGCAAUAAGAGUGCAGGAAACGAAGCAUUUCAAUCGGGUAGGUAUGCUGAAGCUGUUCAACACUAUACUGCUGCUAUAUUGCAGAGUGUUGAGUCCAGGCCUUUUGCAUCAAUCUGUUUCUGCAAUCGUGCUGCUGCAUAUCGAGCCAUGGGUCAAAUUACGGAUGCCAUAGCAGAUUGUAGCUUGGCUAUAGCGCUUGACGGCAAUUACUUGAAGGCAUUCUCUAGACGUGCAGCACUGUUUGAGAUGAUAAGAGAUUAUCACCAAGCAGCUGCUGAUCUUCAGCGGCUGGUAUCUCUUCUCAUGAAGAAACUUGAGGACAAAGGCAAUCAGUUAGCAUCAUCUGAUCGAAUUAGAUAUUCAAAUGAGCUUGAGCAAACUGAACUAAAGCUUUCUCAGAUGGAAGAAGCUGACAGAAAUGAGAUCCCGUUGAAUGUGUACCUAAUUUUGUAAGUACCACGUUCUACUCAUUUCUGCAUAUGAAUGAUGCCAUCUCAUAGCUUUGAGUCAUCAUCUUUUAAAAUAUGUUAGAAUCAUUAUCAUUCUAUAUCAUUCAUCUGGUAGUUUGGCCUAUCUGGCUAUAGUUUAUUAAUGGACUUGGAUAGAACUAUCGGAUAUGGAGGAGGUUCUCCAAUCGGUGUGCCUAUUCUUUGAAUUUAGUGACAGACCCAUGGACCCUAGUAGUUGCAAGGACGUAAUUUACGGUGCAGGUUUGGUCAACAUUUCAGUCAACUGUUUAUGAGCAAUGCAUAUUAAAUUUUAAGUUUUCAAACAGUAUACUACAUGAAACCUGUCAGUUGUAGGGUAGAUCUGGUAAAAGUUAUUUAAAAGUUAUUUUGGUCUCCUAACUUAUUCUAAUAUUUCCAAAAGAUCUUCUAAUGUUAUCUUUCCAACUUCUCAUUAGCUUUCUGAAAAAGUCAUUCCAGUCUAUAUCCUCUUAACUUCUCCUUAUCGUUAUCUUUCAGAAAGAAAAUUUACUCUUUUCUUCUGUACUGCAGAAAACCAGUCCUAAAAAACUGUACAUUCACAAAAUUCCUGUAUGUGAGUGUUUUUUCCUGUAUUCAUUUUAGCUUGUGCCGAUAUAGGCACCUCCUAUCACUUUGCAGAGUCUGUAUAACAUCAGCUGCAGCUUUGCUUGCUAUAUUUCCAUGUUCUUUUCGUCCUCUUCCCUGUUUUCGCUACAGCCCUCUUUGGUGACGUCUAUGUAAAUGGUAAACGUACUUCCUCUACAAGAUCCAUAUUCUUUUUCAACAACUUGAUUAAUUUAUGUUGAUAUAGUUGAUUAGAAAAUGGCUGCUUGGCAGUGUUUAGCUUAGAUCGUUUAUUAUAGGAGAAUAUACCAUACUUCUGCAUUAUGCAGAAUGAUCAGUUUUAAGAAAAUGAAAGAUCGUUGUAACUUCAACUCUUCUAGCGAAUGAGGUUGUGGGUUAGUGGGUAAGCCACUGAAUGUUCGUGUCCUUUGAUAUGACUGCACAAUGAAGUUUUCUGUUUUCGUUGUUGUUUUUCCUCGUUGUAUUUCAUCUCGAGGAAUCCUCCCUCUUCUGUAUAGUUGAAGGUCUUCAUUCGGUUAGAGCCCAUACAUAAGUUCUUCAGAGUCCUUAAAGGAACUAUACCAUACUUGUCUGUGCUUGUGGUGUUAUAGAAACCCCCAUUAUCCACUGUUUCAUUUGUACUAACUUCAACUCUGUUAGAAAGGAUCACGAUUACUUUUAUUGUAAAGAAUCGCCCAGAGAUGUUUUGCCUUUGUACUUCUAUAUCAUUGUGACCUGAUUAUGCUUGUUAUUUAUGUUGUAGAAUAUGUGUGAACUGAGUAAUGUGCUCCAUGAGGGAGCCAUAGGAAACUCCAAAUAGCUGUAACCUUUUCAAUCUUUAUUGAAACCAUUGUCCUGAUGCUCCGUUAAUUCCAGGGGUGUUGAUCCAUCUGCUGCAAUAUCAGAAAUUAAAAAAGCAUAUAGAAAAGCUGCACUGAAACACCAUCCAGACAAGGUUUUAUUGCUUGGAUUUUUUCUCGAUAUCCACAAAUUCUCACUUUUUAAUUUUUCUUAUAUGUAUUGUAUUGAUAUAGGCAGGGCAAUCCUUGUCUAGAGAUGAUAGGCUAUGGAGGGAAAUAGCAGAAGAAGUUCAUAAAGAUGCUGAUCGUCUCUUUAAAAUGAUUGGGGAGGCAUAUGCAGUGCUUUCAGACCCUUCGAAGGUAUGUAUGCACGAAGAAUAUUCAGCCUGUACUGCUUUUCCUCUCUUCCAACCCCUGCGACAUGCGUGCAGACAUGCACACAUUCACAAUGACAUGCAACCUGGACAGGAAUGUUUUCCACAGUAUCAGGAUGUAGUUAGUUAAUGUCUGGAACUCCUGCAUCAAUGAUCAUUCAUUUGCAAUUUGAUUCAAAGGAAAUUCUGUGGUUGUGUUGGGUUGUGUUUCACUAAUACAUGCUCAUAGACAGUAGAUUGAUCAACGUUUUCUCAAACAUUUGAGAAUCUACUUUUCCUGUUCCGGUUUCAAGUUGGAAUAUUUCUUCAAGUGUUUGGUUAUUUGCCCAUUCAUACAGAAAUAUGUCUUGCAUGGCAUGUUAAUUUCAUAAAUUGCUGAUAAAGGGAAAUCUGAUUCUAUAUACUUGAGACUUUGUUAAUUGUGGAUGAUGAGUGGAGGCUUCUGUGGGAAGAAUUGGCUUUCCUCUUCUUUUUUUUUAAUUUUAUUUUAUAAAGAAAAGAAAGAACAAAAAACUCGGGCAGCCGAUAGCAUAUGAAAUGUUCAAGCUGUCAAUACUAAAGCAAAAACAGAAUGAUGCCAGUAAUUGUGACUUGACUGUUGUGAUGAGGCAAGGUCUUUGGAGUUAUCCCUGGUAGUUAGGAUGGUUAGAAAAAUAAAAUUGGAAAGCUAAAUAAAUUCUUUUAGCACAAAAGAUAUUGUUUGAACAACAAGAGAACACAAAAUACUUUUGUGAGCUCAUCCUCAUUCUAUCAUCAUUGAGAAUGAUUUUGUAUUUUAAAUUUUAACGUGAGACAAGAAAACUUGUGAUAAUGAAUCUGAAUAGAUAUUUGACUAUUUAUUCCUCUGUAUGGAAUUUGUUGUUGUAAGCUGCUUUUUGUCUACUGUCAAAGUUAUGGAGUUUUGGAGCGUCUUCCCUGGAUACCUACCCAGAGAAAUGUUCUUGUGCUCUUGUGCUUAGUUAAAGACAAAAGUAUUGCUGUUUUGAUGGCACACAUCAGUCGGUUUUUAGUCUAAAGUAACACUGAGUGGAUAUUUAGGAUCACCAUGGGGUUUUGUGUUUGCAGAAACCGGCAUGUGUCUCUGUAUUGUAGCUAUAGGAAAGUCGCCAUGAUUUACCACUGCAUGUGUCUUUAUUUUAUUUGUUUAUUCAUUUUUGUUGGAAAAUUUUCAUUUAGAAGUCCAAUUUGGAUUGCUUCACACCUUUGAUCGAUGCUUAGUAAAGUUUUCUUAUAGUUAAUGGACAGAUAUGUAUAUGCCCAAUUAGAAGGCACAAGGCAUAGAAUCUUUUGUCUUUUACUCAUAUUAAAAGGGGAACGGGAAGAUCUAAAAAGAAUAGGAAAGAAACUAUUAAGGACAUGAUUGACUUUCAACAAUAUGAAAUAUGUGGUUCGAUAGAGCACAAUAGCACAUAUAAUAUAUAUCAGAUCUCACAUAAUAAGAUAACGGCUAAGUCGUAUUAGUAUUUAGGCAUUGACUUCAUCGUCUUACUAGUCUGUAUUCUGAGAAAGCUUAAUUUGCUGAAUUCAUUUUCGUUCAUUCUUAGCUUUUUUUUCUCUAAAACAUGAUAUAUAUAUAUAUAUAUAUAUUUCUACUUCUAGCGGUCACAAUAUGAUCUAGAGGAAGAGAUGAGAACUGCUCGCAGCAGAGAUAAUGGAAGAAGUUCACCUAGAAUGCAUGCAGAUUAUCAGAACUAUCGAUAUGAUAGAAGCGGAAGGUGGCCAGAGGGUCGGAGAUCAUACAAGGGUUCUGAGAGUAAAGGUCGAUCAAGCUGGUACCCUUGAAUGACGAUACUGUUUACAAUUACAAUCUUCAGCUGGAGGUUACGGUUUUGUUUUAGUUCAAGUUGGUUUAAAAAAAAAAAAAGCUGAAUUGUUACCUUUCUGGUGUUAUCUGGGCAAGCAGAAAAAGGGGUGGAAAUUCAAAGUGCUUUUUUGCCAACUGAUGUGACCCCAGAAUGUUCAUGUCCAGAAUUGAUCAGUUGAAAGGGAAACCAUGCCACUGCUGAGUCUGGAGGGUCGUCUGUAAAUAAUCUGAUGUAACCUAAAACGAUGUGUCAGAGCUAUUCUCAUUGCUGUUGUUCAUUUGAUGGCGGCCUUUGUGGUGUAUUUUUUUAUGUACAAUGCAACAUGUUCCCAGUUUUACAGAUUUCAUUAGUUCUGACUCUUACGAGGGAAGACCAGAAAGCUAGACCAGAAAGUCUCUGCUUCUGCCCAAUGUCUCUCCACUAGAGCUUCAGGAAGUGUACAACAUUGUACAGAUAUAGUCAUUUUUUGUCAAUUUGAAAUUUUGAUUUGUUUGUACAUGUAAUGUACGAAACGCAGGUGCCCGGCUUGUGAUUUUGGUACCUUGUAAAGAGUUGUUUGCUAAUCUAGGUCGGCCGGUUUGUAAGUAAAUUUCAAAACCACGUAUUGAGAAAAUCAAUUUAUCUUUGUUGUGUUUAAUGCUUCCAAUUAUUAUGGGACGAUUUGAACGGUUGCCCUUGUGGAAGAGGAUAACUUUUUUUUUUUUUUUUUAAUUUUGUGACAAGUAAAGCUCCGAUUGAAAUGAUCUUCAAGAAUUAAUUAAGAACCAGAGUU